AAGCCGGCCUACAGAUCAUACUAAGGAAUAAUAACCUAAGCAGUGCAUACAUGUGCAGGUUCAAGACGGAGCUUGCUUACAAGUGCACAACACUACGCAGCUACGCUAUACUGCUGUAUACACACCCCCCUUUAAACCCACACACACAAACAAAGCCUGUAUGCAAAGCGAGCGAAGGAGGGACCUAUGUUACUGCAUAGCGGCAGAGCUGGCAGUGUUUGGGUCAUUUCUUUACGAAGAGACAGAAGACGAGUGAGUGUGUGCUGUCGUGCAUAGAGAGGCCUAGAUUCAUAUGCAUCCAGCUACGUAGCUAGCGUGCACAGUGCAUUCAGGGUAGAACGAGAGAAAGUAUUUGGGAAGGAAGUGGCAAAUAGCGGUUCAUGUUCAUGGCCAAACUUUCUACAUGGUGUAUACACAGAUGCUCUAUCCAUCCCGUGCAUGGCUAGUGCAGCUAGCUAUACGUCUUCAUUGCACACUAGCUCUAUAGCUAGCUAAACCCUGCCUGCGGUAUGGAGAAGGUUUUGGAUUCAUAGAAAGUAACCUGCUGUUGUUUGUAGCUCAUUCAAGCCUUGUGAAUUUUGUGGAUAUAUCUAAGCUGCCUGCUUCUUUGUGCUGAAAUGGAACUGUGAUUUCUCUUCCUGUCUUAAUUAGAAACUUCCCUCAUACCAACAUGGAGGAGAUCAGCCAAACCAAUAUGGAAUUGGCCUACUCAUUGGUAGACUCAUCCAGAGUCUCAACAUUCCUCAUCUCAAUACUCCUCAUAGUCUAUGGAAGUUUCAGAUCCCUAAACAUGGACCAAGAAGAGAAAGAAAGAUUACAGAGGGAAGAGAAGGAUAAUGCAUUAUCGGGGCCACCCCCAGGCAAUGCACAACCAGCAGAAAAUGGGAAUGUUCACAGUAUAGAUGCAACUCAAGCCAUGUUCCUUCCUAUAGGAGCUUCAUUCUCCCUUCUUGUCAUGUUCUUCUUCUUCGAUUCCAUGCAGAUGGUCUUUGCAGUCUGCACAGCAGUACUAGCUACAGUAGCAUUUGCUUUCCUUCUGCUGCCUAUGUGUCAGUAUUUAUUGAGGCCCUGCUCAUCAGGAACAAAAAUUUCAUUUGGGUGCUGUGGGAGAUUUACAUCAGCGGAGAUCAUGUCAUUCUGUCUCUCUGUCAUGCUUGUAUUCCUGUGGGUCAUGACAGGCCACUGGUUACUCAUGGAUGCACUUGCCAUGGGUCUGUGUGUCACCAUGAUAGCUUUUGUUCGGUUGCCGAGCUUAAAGGUCUCAACGCUACUCCUUACCGGGCUACUCAUCUAUGACGUGUUCUGGGUCUUCUUCUCUACGUAUAUAUUUAAUGCUAAUGUCAUGGUGAAGGUCGCAACCCGACCUGCUGACAAUCCUGUUGGGAUGAUGGCCAAGAAAUUCAACCUUGGAGUGGCUCGAGAUGCACCUCAGCUCUCCCUACCAGGCAAACUCAUAUUCCCAAGCAUGCACAACGCAGGUCAUUUCUCGAUGCUUGGUCUUGGUGACAUCGUGAUGCCCGGUCUUCUCCUCUGCUUCGUCAUGCGCUAUGAUAACUACAAGAGGCAGCAGACGGAUACCCUCGCACCUGCCCCCAUCUUACCGCCCAACAGCCUAUCCCAAAAAGUCACUUACUUUCACUGUUCUCUGAUUGGCUACUUUGUUGGACUAUUAACAGCGACGGUAUCAUCAGAGGUGUAUAAGAACGCCCAGCCAGCAUUGCUGUAUCUUGUGCCAUUCACGCUACUCCCUCUGCUCCUCAUGGCUUAUCUUAAGGGUGAUCUGCGUCGCAUGUGGCACGAGCCGUUUAUAAAGAGCACACAGAACAAGUACAUGGAGGUAUGACAGCAGAAACACAAACCGCACGUUGUUUGAACCCGAACGAUUAACUCGGACCGGAAACGACAGAAACUAUGCGCAAAGAGUGUUAAUAUUGUUUGGAAAGCUGUAGCGGCCAUUUUGUAUGGAAGCGGCCAUCUUGGAGGAAAGCUAAUGUUGGACGGGAUAGAGAGAGCAUGGAGAUGGAUGUACUGAUUUACGUCGUUCGCUGGCCAUUGCUUGUCUUGUCUUGGGGCAGGAAUGCAUCUUUGUAUAUUAGGAACAGCAGAGAUCAGACAAUGAUGCCAUAUCUAUAUAGUCUUAGUUUCGCGUUAACAAGAUCCGUUGCUUCGCUUCUCGCUUUGUCUCAGAAAGUCGACUUAGCAAUCGCACUUCAGGGAAUGCCAAAGUCGGUUGUAAAUGUCUGGUUGUAGUUUUAGAGUCUCCUGGCUGAGGAAUGUAGUCAAAAGGCAGGGAAUUAAAUGGUGUACGUCAGCAGGUUUGAAUGCUUCAUAUGAGAAGGACAUUGAAAUCAAGAUGGCCGACAUUCAGAAACAUUGCCUUGGGUACUUGAUGGAACUUGUAGGUGCAAAGACGGGUAGUCUGCGAUACAAGCAAAUCACUUUGACGGCCGUGGUUUGAAUAACUGAAAUAGCAUGAAUGUAAGAGUGAGCAAAAGUUUGUGAUUGAACAGGAUUAAUGAAAGAACAGUGGAUGUUAUAUUUCUUGUUAAGUGUUGGGAAGAGGAUCAAAGUAAACUGAUUUCUCAGCAGUAAUUUACUGUUGAAAAGUAGCCCCCUGCUGAUGGUACCGUUCUCUACCAACAUAGUGGGUUUUUAUGCAUGGAUGACAGAAGCGAGGAUUUCCAGGUGUACAUCAAAACAGCUCCUGCUACCAACUUGAUCAUGUUCUGAAAGAUUGCUUGGAACUCUAUUUGGGUGUCUGUGUAUUCAAGCGUCAAACUAUGUUACAUCAGUAGAGAGUUUAGCCAGGAUACUAACCAUAUUUCAAAUCUAAAACAAGAAGCUCUUGAAAUGUAUGUAUGCAAUUAUGUAUUGACAUUAUCGGUGUAGCUUUUGAACGCCCUGUAAUGUAAAUUAAUAACCAUUGUGGCAUCUAAAAGAUACUGUAUGACUGACAAUCAUGUGGCUUCACAUUCAAUAGAAUCAUCCUUAUUAAGAUGAUAAAUCCGUGGAAGACAGAACCUGAAUCCUAGUGAGUUUCAAUCUAACUAUUCUCAGCUUUGUGUCAUCAUCAUCAAUGACCCCUUUGGCUUUGAUGGAUCGUGUUCAGAAUACUUCUAUUCCUUGUCUCUUGAUACGCAGACAAGAGGAAUAUGGAUCUAAUGCUAAUGGGUUGAGCUAGCUACAUGUAUGGAUUAUCAAACAAUAGGGCGUUUUAGUCAGUCCAGGGUCAGAAUGGUGUACAUGAAUAGAUAUAAUACGCUUCUGGCUCUCGACAAGUCAGUGGUAUCUUCUCGUACUAUCUCACUGUUUUCAUAUUAUCAACUCUAUUUGUUUUUUUUAUUUUCUUUAUUAUUUCUUUUGUGUGUCAAAUGUGCCAAUGUGGUUAUUCAAUGUUAACAAGGUAUCAACACGACAUCUGAAUGAAUAGGGAUGAGAAUUCAAACCCCAAGCCUCGCUCUUACAUGGUACAGUAAAACACUACAGCAACAUUUGUCAUGUAAAUACAUGUAAAUGGCAGUAUAGGGGGAAAAGAGGCAUGGACACAAAACUCCUCCCUCCCCUCAAGCGGGCCCAUUUUCUGUGGUACAAGAUACAGAAUUGUAAAGCAAUUGUGCUUAUGUCAUUUUAUUUUGCUGCUGAGUGUUUGUUCUCGGCCAGUUUAUCACAUCUUGAGUCAAUAUUUCUCAAUUGUUGCUGAGUGCAGCUGUGUUUUGUUACCAAAAAUAUUCAGCAUUCAGUAUUUUUCUUAUUUGUUUUAAUGUCUAAAAGAAUCUUUAACAACUGUAAAUGUGCAAGGUAUAUAUGCCCUAUAAACCAUAGCAUAUCUAAAGUGAUAGUUGCAACAUGCACACACCUACACACUUGUAAGGUCAGUUCAUGGAGCUCCAAAUGUUCUCCCACAUACAAUCUGUCAAGGAAAGAACUAUUUUGAUGCACCAUGACCUCAUUUGACCUCUGAAUGAGCAUGACAUUGUGUAACUUCAUUGAAUCUGCUCUACA